UAAAUUAUUAGUCAUCUGGUUAUCAAAGUUUUUCUAAGAAAUCACUAAGAACAACAAGAAAAAAAAUUCAAAAUUUUAUUUUUCCUAUAAGAUUAUUUAAUAUAACUAUUAUAUUUAUAUUAAGUGUAUUCUUAUACUUACGACAUGAAUUUUUUUAGAAAAGAGCCCACUGUAAAAGAACAACAGAGACAAAAUGACAGGGAUUUGCGCAAAGCUGGACGCGAUUUGGACAGGGACAAGGCUGCUCUAGAAAGAGAAGAAAAGAAAUUGGAAUUAGAAAUAAAAAAAAUGGCAAAAGAAGGCAAUAAUGAGGGUUGCAAAAUAUUAGCCAAACAAUUGGUACAAUUAAGAAAACAAAAAACUAGGAUAUAUGCUGCAAACAGUAAGAUAUCCAGUGUUCAAAUCCAAAACAAAGCAAUGGGUGCAAAUAUAGCUAUUGCAAAUGCUAUGGGAACUACAGCAAGGACAAUGGGCAAUAUGAAUAAGGUCAUGAAUCCACACCAGAUAGCUAAAGACAUGGAAGCAUUCAAACAGGCAAAUGCUAAGAUGGAUAUGACUGAUGAAAUGAUUUCAGAAACUCUUGAUGAUAUCAUGGCCGAAUCUGGUGAUGAAGAAGAAACUGAGGGUGUGAUCAAUAAGGUGCUUGAUGAGAUUGGAAUUGAAAUCAGUGGAAAGAUGGCAAACGCUCCGUCUGUCGCCAAAACCAAAAUUGGUGCGUCAACCACGGAUGAAGAUAAAGAACUCAUGGCGCAACUAGCUCGUCUGAAAUCAUAGUACUCCUUAUAAUCUCAAAGGACUUACUCUGUAACUAAUUGUCAGAAAUCAAAAAAUAAUUUUAUAACUUAUAUUAAUAUUGUAGUUAAUUGUAUUUUUUUUUUGUCUUAAUUUUGUGACUAUUAUAUGCUAUGAAAUGACUUAUAAUUCUGUACAGAUUUAAAUUGCAACAGUAACUUAUUUAGUAAGUAAUACAAUAAAUCACCGUUCACGAACAGGCAGAGAUUUGCGCCGAAUCUAAAAAGGCUUUUCACGCGAUAUUGUCAGUAAAGAAUAAAUUGAUCACUAAACAAAAAAUAAUUGAUACAAAAGGUGGAUUUCAUGGCAACUCACAGGUCAAUCUUUCGGAAAUCGGAGGCAAAUAUUGAAAAUUGUUGUAAAUAGCAUAUCAUUGUAAUCUGCUAUCUGUAAAUAAAUUC